AUGAUUAAAACCGGCAUCAAUAAAUCUAAAAUACUUUGGAAUGUCGUGAACAAGGAAAGGGGAAAAAAUAACUGCCCACGACUAGAUGUUACAGAGGUGAUUGUGAACACUGAUGGGUCGCAGUUCACAAGCAAGAAGGCCGCUGUCAAUGCGCUAAACACCAGGUUCCUCAGCGCCGCGGCGGCGUGCGGCGCGCCACGCGCCGAUGGCGCCCGCGCCCUACGCCAGCUGCGCGCCGCGGUGCCAGCCGCAGAUCAGUCACUUAGGCUCCAACCGUUCAGCGCGGAUGAGGUGUAUCGUUUGAUAACCUUUCUCAUCCCUCCUAAAGCCUCAAUGGACAUCUACGGGAUAAAUAUGAAGCUACUGAGGGCCGCUCCAACCCCUUUAGCCUACGCAAUGGCGGAGCUAUUCAAUCGCUGCAUAAGGGAGGGCACCUACCCUAAAUCUCUUAAAAUCAGCAAAAUAGCUCCAAUCUUUAAAGGUAAGGGUAAGAGGGGGGAUAUGGAUGCAUACAGACCCGUAGCUAUUAUCCCCGCGAUGGCAAAGGUCUUUGAAAACGGUCUCAGCCGCCGUUUGACGAGUUUUCUGGAGUCGACGAGCGCCUUAUCCGAUAGACAACAUGCCUAUCGUAUGGGCCGCUCUACAACCACACUGUCUCGUGAUGUGGUCCAAUGCGUAGUCGACGCUAGAGAGAGUAAGCAGCAGGUUGCUGUAUUGUGCUGCGACUUGUCCAAGGCCUUUGACGUCGCAGACCACGCAGUCCUUGCCAGUAAGCUAAGGCACUAUGGGAUCGAUGGUCCGACAUUUUCCUUGUUCGAGAGCCUUCUGCAGCACAGAUCUCAAAUUGUUAUCGGAGAUAGUGGAAAUGCUAGGUCAGACCCACUAGAAACCACCAUGUUUAAAGUGGGACCAUCAUAUUAA